GUUUUGAAUGGAUUUUAAAUGCAUUUCAAAUGCAUUGACAACACAUUUACAGCACUUUUGGAUCACUUAUACAUAACUUUUGAACACAUCUUUUGAACACAUCUUUGAUUUGAUUGCAAAUUAUGGCCAAAAAGAAGAGGUUUGCGCCAAAGAGUGGCAACAAAGACACGAAUGGCAGGAGUGGUGCCAAAGAGACCAUCUCUGACACCGAUUCCAGCGAUGACUUCGACGAUCACAUGAAUCACUUCCACACGAAGAAAGACAAAGAACUGCUCGAAAGAAGCGCUUUGUCUCAAGACAUGGACUCCGAUGACGAGGACUACGGCAGUGACGAUGAGGUGAUGCCUUUGGAUGAGUCGAGUGAUAGCGACGACGACAGCGGCGACGGAUUGAACCGAUUUGGCAUUGAAUUGAAAAAGGAUGGGAUGGCCAGCGAUCUGGAGGACGACAGCGACGACCAGACGGAACAGUCGAGCGCGUGGGGCAACCAGAAGAAGGUCUUCUAUAACACCGAUUAUGUCGACAAAGACUUCAGAAAAUACACUCCAAAGGACUCGGAUUUGGCGGACUUUGAAGAGGAAGAAGCGCUUCAAAUACAGAAACGUCUUCUCGAGUCCAUCAGUGAAGCAGACGUUGGCCUCGAGUUACUCGUCGGAGAUAUUGAACCAAAAACUGGUUUUAAUGAUAGGAGUCGUGAAGACUUGGAAGAAGACGAAGAGAGACUUGAGACAAAUCUCUCGAAUUUAACGAAAAGACAAAAACUGGAAAUUCUUAGGAAAGAGUCGCCAGAAUUGGAGGCAUUGAUCACUGAUUUUCAAACAACUGAAGGACAGAUUAUUUCCGGUAAUGGAAACCAUAAGGAAGAGGUUCGUAAAUUGAAAUCCAAACAAUCUGUGAGUUUUUCGAGAAAACGAACCAAAAAAGCGAAAACCGUUGGCAACGAAAAGAGAGUCAAAUUUGCUGACGAUAUAGAUGUGAGCGAAUUGACGGCACCGGAAGCCCAGGAAGUGGGGGAAACGGAUGCGACCGCAAAGAGGGGAAUAACAUACGAAAUGGCGAAAAACAAAGGACUGACUCCCAAGCGAAAGAAGGAACUGAAGAAUCCGAGA